GAGAGCAUACGUAGAUUUCGCAGGUUAUUUCGCAAGGCUGUCAGCCCACCGCGACAUUUCAAAAAUACCGUUAACAAUUAUUUUCUGUUUUUUACUUCUAAUCCUUUCCAGUAGGCUCGACCGAUGAUUUUCAUGACUGAUUGAUUUCUUCAUAAAUUCAUAUCAAAAACCGAAAUAUUUAACAAGCACUUCUACUUCCUCGACCCGGACAACUUUGAGACAAUAGCGGCAAGAAGCAAUUAGAGAUUCUUCUAUAUAUUGUACAAGCAUGGUAUCGAAUCAUCAUCGGAAAACAGUCACCAUGGUGGGAGCAAGAGCAACAAUGAUGAGAUCGUCAAUGACCACCAGGAGACUGGUGACACUAUUCAUUUUAUCCUCAAUUCUAGUCUCUCUUCGCCACGCUGGUAUGUUUUAUACCCGACAACUUGGCAAUGUCGACGAUGGCUACUAUUCCGACUACAGCAACGGAGAAGAACGACCGCAAAUCUCAGUUAUCACCCUGGAUGGAUUGACCGAGCCACCAGAUUGGAACAACACGACGGCAAAAAGCACGAGCGGGAGUGGCAAUCGCCACACCGCUACAAUUGAUUCUCGGAGCGAAAAAAAUCAUAUCAGCGGUAAUACCACCGAUAUUGACAAGGACUUCGAAAAACGCGCUAUUGUCCUCAUCAGUAUGGGUCAAAAAGCAGAGAACAUGUCGAUGGUCGAGCGAUUCGUUUGGUCGGCCAGAAACAUUGGAAAGUACAAGGGAUGGAUUAUUCUCAUAACCGAUGCAAGUUACGACCGGUACGCGGAUUUGAAAGCUGCUGUCAUUCCUAGUGAAGAACGGGGACAGGAAAUGGAUGGGCUGCAAAAUAAUCCAACAACACUUUCCCCAUCGCUAGCAAUGAAAGGCGAAGGUGACAAUCUUGAUGCCGAUAUGAUGGUCACCACCAAAGAAGAUUCCGACCAGAAUGCGAUGGAGAAUAAGUUCCUUGUCUUUCGUCCAAAAGAAAAGAGAUUUGCAAAGAUAACCAAACACGGACGGUUUACGCAGUCCAAAUCCAUGAACUCGAAGAUUUUCAAGACGUACAUACUGCAAUACGCGAAGAAAGAACCUCUCCUCGACUCAGUCGAGCUCUUCUAUUACCUAGACGUCGACAUUGUUUUUGGAAACAAUAUUUCGCCAUUGUUUAAGGGGCUCGAGGGGAUUUAUGAUUUUGGUCUCCACACCACUUCUAGCGAAUACAACCAAAGUACGAAUGCCCAGAUUCAUUUCUUUGAGGGAAAUGGCAGCCAAGAAAUCCAGGGCGGACAGAUUGUUCUGAAUAGAUACCGGUCCCAGCCCUGCCUGGAGCGAUGGAGGGAGUUGAUGCAAGCCACUCGCAGAGAAAGAUACCUCAAGGAUCAGCUCUCGCUGACUGUCAUGCUGGAUGAACAACGAGCUCGAAACUCCAAGAAUGCCAGCGCUGCUUCGAACCACAACCACUCUGCCAUCAUCGGUGGCACACCUUCCACUUCUCAAAGUCAUAUUGGUGCUUCCACGGAUGACAAAGACAAGAAGAAGAAGAAGAAGAAAGGACCUCGCCCCGAAUGCGAUAUCGUUUUGAUGAAAAAACACCCGGACUGGAUCUCGUUUCCCGAACUGAGCGAUAUACGUGAACGAAGCGCCCAGCUCUUGAAUGCAACGACGACAAACACAACUGCGACCACAUCGACGUACCCAACACUCCUCCAUUUUCGAAACUCGGCACACGUGAUGAAGGACGUGGAGGAAGAGCACCUCGAGCGUUACAUGAGGGAUAUUCUCGGCUUUAGCCAGCACCAGGCCGACGAUCUCGGAAUAUUCCGCAAGAUGGUCAUGGACAAGGGCAAGAAAAACUAACGGCAAAAUUAGUGCUGAUGCUUUGGUGGAUAUAUAACCAAUCUAAUCCAAUUUUUCACAAUAAAUGAAAUCUAGCGUAUCGGUACCUCAUUGGUUUUUGUGCUGCUGAAAUUAUCAUGUAAUAAACAUAACUUCAUUUG